AUGCUUUUAGAUGUGACUCCCGCGAACACGGUAGUCAAGGGAAAUGCAUCGUUUAGGAAUGUAAUCGGCGCUGCUCCAACGGCUCCAGCCUAUGCUGAAGUUUUGUCUGUAGAGGACAAGAAAAUUUCGAUGAAAGUUGGAGAUCCACUCCGUUGGAAUGGCGAACCAGGCGGGUACUGGGUUCGCUGGGAGACCAUCGAUAGUUUGCCAGAGCGCAGAGGCCAGGCCUACUUCGUCAUACCUGAAACACGUUCCUUGGGAAAUCAAUACAUGAAGAUCUCCGUGGACCUUGUACCUGGGAGACAUUAUGGGCUCCACACUUCAGCGCAGAAUUUUGGUCAUCAGAACAAAAGCUUCAGGGGCCCCGAAGUUUCCACCUCCGCCGUAGUUCCGUGCACGGACCCUGUUAGCGUCACGGCGAUAGCCACUGGACCUCACGAGGUGACCGUCACCUGGAGGAGCGAAAGCUUUGUGGAAUACUUUGAGAUUUCAGCCAUCGCCCUGGAUGCUCCCCAAACAGACAAAAAGGAACAAAGUUUACCGGACGACGAUGAAGGCGUCGCAAGUAACAAUACAUUUCUGAAUCCACAAGAUGUCCUCAUUAAUGUCACGGCUGAACACGAUGCGGCGUCAGUGUACAACAUAACGAUUCAUAAGAUGAAUCCAUCGUCAAAUGUAUCAGUUCGUGUUCAGAGCUGUGGCAUGGACAAAUGCACGCCUGGAAUUGUGACGCCCAUCUUCACACAACCAGACUAUCCCCCGUUCUUCGAAGUGCUAACCGUUACAAUGACUGCAUUUGAAGUGAGGGUUACGCCUAGCCGCAACACUCACUAUCAAGUGCGCUACUGCUACAAAGAUAAUGUCUGUAAAACCAUUUUCACGUCCGGGUCGGUAAGUAUCGUUGACCUAAUGCCUGGCACAAGGUAUACAGUCGACGUACGGGAAGGCCUGAGAGACGCCUUUGAGCAUCUCUUUCUGGGACCAGCCGCACGAACGCAUGUGUCAACUAGAAAAGACGAUUCGUGCGUUUACAACAUCACUGCUCCUUAUGGCCGAAUUUCUAGUCCCAACUAUCCCAACAUAUACCCGAAUAGUGCUUCAUGUUCGUGGCUCAUCAAAACCAAUACGGAUUUUGUAAUAAGCCUGGUAUUCAACGACUUUGAACUGGAGAAGGACAACAAAUGUAUCAGCGACUAUGUCUCUGUCUACGACGGCAACGACACGAACGCUCCAAUUCUUGGAAUCUAUUGCGGAAGUACAACGCCCGCGCCUAUCUUCUCCUCCUCCGAUCAAAUGUACAUGGUCUUCGCGAGUGAUAGCGAGGUGCAAGGCAAAGGCUUCUCUGCAACCUACACAGAACUGAACAAGAAGGAUCUGGUGGCAAGACGAAGCAGUGAGCAAAGAAUCUACUCCCAUGCCGAGUACGGGAACCAGCAUUAUGAAAACAACAUUGACCGCGAUUGGGUCAUAAGAGCGCCAGUUGGACUCGUCCGCUUAAGGUUUUCUGCUUUCGAAAUUGAAACCCACCAUUCCUGCGGGUACGACUUUGUCAAGGUCUUCGAUGGAAGUGACGAGUCAGCUCCACUUCUGAAGAUAUUCUGCGGACACCAGCUACCAAGCGAGAUCACCUCAUCAUCGAACUCCUUGCUGCUCCGGUUUCACACGGAUGGCAGCACUACAGACAGCGGAUUUGUGGCGCUUUAUUCUGCCGUCGAAUGACGAAGCCUCUUCAUUCCCGAAGUACGAGGUUUAAAUCCAGGCAACAUGAACGAAACUGAAGUGUUGUAC